AAAUUUGUAGGAAUGAAGAUGUUGGGCAAAAAUUGAAGGACCUCCUUUUCUUUCUUUCUUUUUCUUUUGGUCACGCGGUGUUUCUCUCUCCACGUUCAGAUUGACUUGUAGUGACCCUUUCUUUCUUUCUUUUUCUCUUUGGUGGUUCUUGGAUCCUUGGAAGAAAAAUCAUAUUCUCUGUUAGUUUCUUUUUGGUAUUGUUGUUCAAAUUCAAGAUGACAUCCGACUGGAUAGUUCCCGUUCAAGUGAUCCUGGGGUCUAUUGACCACGGAGAAGUUAAAGCAUGCAGCAUUUCAAGAAUCCCAGACGAGAUUCGAGAGCCCAAAGAAGAAUCUUACAAGCCAAAAGUGGUAUCCAUUGGACCCUUACACAGGGGAGCCACAAGGCAAAUCCUCCUCAUGGAAGAACCUAAAUUGCGUUACAUGAGGGAAUUACUUGACCGUAGUGGAAGUGAUCAAACCAACACCAACAACAGAUCAGGAAAAACAACCAAAAAUGCCGCCUCGACGCUGGAAAAUUUGGGCAACGACAUUCUCAAGCUGGACAAUGUGGUUCGCGCUUCCUACGGCGGGAACAUGGAGUUAAGUCCCCACGACCUCGCCAAAAUCAUGAUGGUGGAUGGUUGUUUCUUGCUAGAGCUUCUCCACAAGCUUGGCCAGUAUAGGGAUCUGCAACAAAACUUUUCCAGAGAUCCAUUCCUGGAGACGACGAAAGCGAUCAAGUGUGUGCUGAAUGAUAUCUCCAUGCUGGAAAAUCAGAUCCCUUUCGUUGUUCUCAAGACGCUGUACAAGAAUCUCUUCCCUGUCAACCAUCGGGGAGUAGGUGAGGACCACCGUGUGGCCAACCUCAUGCGCAAAGCCUUUGGUUACGAUUCACAAGAUCAAAGUGGCUUCGCUCAUUUGCUUGAAUUAAUGCACUUGUCCACAAUUGGAGAAAACAGCCCAGAAACCAGUCGAUUGAGAGAAGCACGCCCAGAGCUAAAGCGAUGCGCCACGAGGCUUCAAGCUGCAGGGAUAACCAUUACAGCAGCAACAAGUAACAAUGUCCUUAACGGUAACCCUAGCGGUAAUGUCAAUCCCAAUGUCAAUGCUAACUAUGAUGAGCUUGUUGAUAUAUUUGAUUUUAAUAUAAGCUUCAACAAAGAUGAAAAGGAACUAAAAAUACCGCCUCUGCAUAUUAAGGAAACAACUGAGGUGAGAUGGAGAAACUUGAUUGCUUGGGAACAGAGCAGGAUUUGGGUAAGAGGCAAGUACACUUCGUAUGCUUUCUUCUUCAAAAGUUUGAUAUGCUGCGAGCACGACCUUGACCUUCUCCAAAAAAAGGGAGUGAUAGUAAAUAAUAUGCCUAAGAAAAGCAAGAAAGAACUUAUGACAAUGUUCCGCACAAUCUGUGCUGGUGCUGAACACAUGGAUUCGAGUUAUAGCGAAGACUGUGAGAAACUUAAUAAGGAGAAACGACCUACGUUAGUCACGGAAGCGUUCUGCAAAUGGCCUAUAAUCACUGGGCAUAACUGCAGGCAUCUUCUUGAGAAUGUUGUGUACUAUGGGCGAAAUGGCUUCAGGAUUUUGAUACGCGAUCAUAUCCCUACCGUGUGGAAAUUCAUUGCCGUUGUCGCCGCCACUUUGGUGGUGGUUCUCACUAUUAUGCAGACAGUUUAUUCAGCUAAGCAGACGCAUUAUGCAGCUGAAGGCCAUUAGGCAUCAGCUAGAAAAAAUUGCUAUUUCUAUCUCUCUCUUGUUUGUUCAAGUUUAAAAUUGAAUGCACAAUUGUGAUGUAGGAGCUUGUAUGUGUUCAUGGAAUAGAUUUGGAAUCAUGUUGAACAUUGCAGUAGUUUUACCACCUUGUGUAUUUGGAUUAAUGUUUGCAGCACAUUUCAGAAUCAAUAAUUGGUUUAGGGUUAGAGAUUAA